AUGAAUUUUACUGAGCCAUAUAAACAAUCUUUAAACCUUUGCCGGUUUUCUCCUGAUUUAAAACACAUUGCAACAGCAAUCGAGAAUAUAAUUGUAAUCCGUAGUGCGGAAACCCUUAAGGUGUCGCGUGAAUUCAAACAUCCUACCCUCAUACAAUGUAUAGAAUGGUCGCCAAAUUCUUCUUUGAUUUUAGCUGCAAAUCUUAAAAAAGGUGACAUUAUUGUUCGCGAUAUAAAUGAUCCUACAUGGAAAAAAGCAAUAAAGGAAGGUCCCGCCGGAUUACUUAAUGUAAAGUGGAAUCUCGAUGGUAAAAGCAUCAUGUGUUUCUCAGAUUUUGAGCUUCGUAUAACGAUAUGGUCAUUAAUAACCAACAAUGGAUACUAUAUACAAGAUCCAAAAUAUCACAAUAAAGGAUUUUGUUUUCGUGAGGAUCCUCCAUGGUUCAUUUUAGCGGAACGUCGCGAAUGUAAAGAUUUUAUAGGUGUAUAUAAAUGUGAUACUGACGAUUGGAAAUUGUUAAAUGUGUUCCAAGUUGAUACUGUAGACUUAGACAACAUAGCGUUAUCACCAAAUGGUCAUUAUAUUGUAGCGUGGGACAACUGCAUUUGGUACAAAAUUUUGAUUUAUACAUUGGAUGGCCAAUGUUUGGGAAACUUUUCUAUUGAUGACGAAGGGCUGGGUGUUAAAUCUGUUGCGUGGUCUCCUUCGAGUAAAUUGGUAGCAGUUGGGGGUUAUGAUCAAAAGGUCCGUCUCUUCAACAGCUAUAACUGGUCACCAAUAAUAGAAUUCAUACAUGCCAGUCGAAUUAAGAACCCUAAUAAAUUGAAAAUAUGGAAAGAAGAGAACGAGUUCAAUAAAGAAUAUGGUCGAAUUAUAGCAAAAUAUGACCUUGUCGAUGGGCCUUUAGAGGUUCCCUCAAUUUUAAUUGAAGCGAAACCAAAUCCUAAGUUAGGCAUAGGAUAUUGUAAAUUUAACUCUAAUGGUCACUUUAUAGCUGCGCGAAACGAUAACAUGCCAAAUUGCCUCUGGAUAUGGAAUAUCCCACAACUAAUGCCUGUCGCUUUAAUUAUUCAAUCGAGCCCGAUAAAACACUUUUAUUGGAAUCCAAUUGGGCCGGAUCAACUCGUGAUUUGCUGUGGGAAUGAAUAUGUGUAUUUUUGGUGUGGUCAAGAACUUGGUACAGAAAUUAUUCAAGUUCCUGUUGGUAAUAAUUCAAGCAUAUACUUAUUAAUGUAUCUUGUGCUUAAUAUUUGA